AUGUCUAUAAAAAAGCCUCAUUUCAAAGUCAUCUCUAACAUGCCGUUCGACGACGAGAAUAAUGACCGCUCGCAAUGCAGGUUGAGCGUCGCUUGUGUGUAUUUGUGCAGUUCCGAAGACAUGCCGCAGCUGACAGCAGCGGGCAGCCGCCGGCGACCCGACACUCUCGCAACGGCAAUUACACUUCUUAUCAGACGAGAUGCCGCUGCGAGAAUGUUGAUUAGACAACUUUAUUGUGACGUCGUUAGCCGAAUUAUUGCUUGCCGAGCCAUUCCUAGC